CAGCAGUCGAUGCAUUGCGCAGCAAUGGACAGUUUUGUGUGUGUGUGGAUCCAUUGGGACGAGGGCGGGAGUGGAAUGACUCACUCAUGGCUCGUUCGUCAACAGAUGUGUGCGUGCCGAGGGAGUGUCUUCACGGGCAUGAAGCGUAUGUCUUCUCUCUCUCUCCCUCUUCUUGUAUAUGUGUGUGUCUGUCUGCAGGUCGUAAACCGCGGGCAACAGGGGCGGCCGUCAUCCAUCCAUUUCGUGACAAACAAGAUGUGCCCCUUCGCCCAGCGCACCUGGAUCGCUCUGGAGGAGGCGGGCCUGCCUUACAAGCUGACAGAGGUCUCACUCUAUGGCGCGGGGGGCAAGCCAAAGUGGUUUCUAGACCUCAACCCAAAGGUACCAACACACACACACACACACAUGCGUUCGUUCAUUCCCUCUGUCUGUCUGUCUGUCUGUAAUGGCAGGGCCUGGUGCCCGUACUCGUCAUCGACGGCCAGCCUGUGGCGGAGAGCGAGGCCACCCUCGACGCCAUCGCCGAGCUCGCCCCGUCCCUCGCCACCCCCACCCCCAGCAAGCGGCAGCAGUGGCGCGACAUGCUCGAGCAGCGGCUGAUCCCCGUCGGCAAGGCGGCGGUGCUCAACCCAUCAUCGAAGAACAUGGCCGCGCUUCGAGUAGUCAUUGCCGAGUGGGAGGCUAAGCUGCGGGAGAGGCCGGGGAAGGGCCACUUUCUGUGUGGCGAGGCCUUGUCCAUCGCCGACGUGUCAGCGGUGCCUUUCUGGAGCCGAUUGCAGGAGGAGAUGGACUGCGUGGGUGCUGAGGAGUUCCCUCUCACACACGAGUGGCUGGCGGCGUGCAGGGCAAGGGAGGCGGUCCGCCGCACUCAGAUGAGUUCAUGGUGGUGGUGGUGGUGACGUGAAGAGAACAGAGCAGAUACAUAGACUCCGUUGGUGCCG